AUGGCCUGCUGUCAAACUAGCUUCUGUGGAUUUCCCAGCUGCUCCUGUGGGACCUGUGGCCCCAGCUGCUGCCAGCCAACCUGCUGCCAGACCAGCUGCUGCCAGCCAACCUGCUGCCAGACCAGCUGCUGUGGGACCGGCUGUGGCACUGGCUGUGGCCAGGAUUGUGGCUGUGGAGGUGUGAGCUGCCGCACCAGGUGGUGCCGCCCUGACUGCCGCGUGGAGGACACCUGCCUGCCCCCCUGCUGUGUGGUGAGCUGCACACCCCCAACCUGCUGCCAGCUGCACCAUGCCCAGCAGGCCGCCUGCCGCCCAUCCUACUGUGGACAGUCCUGCUGCCGCCCAGCCUGCUGCUGCUACUGCUGUGAGCCCACCUGCUGA